UCAAUUUCAGCCUCCGGAAUGCGUUUCGACCUUCGUAAAACCACAACCACCCAGCGAUAUAGAACGGAUCAGGUUCACGUUGAAUGGAGAGAUUAAUCGGUGCCUACCUACCUGCCUGCCUACAGGCGUAGGCAGGCAUUUCUUCUGCUUCACGUUGUUUUUUUUUUCGUUAAUUUUAUUGAUUUUUCUCCACUUUUCUUGUUGUUGUUGUUGUGCCGCGUGGCUGUUCUCAUUUCUUUAAAAUUUUACGUUUUUUUUUUCUCGAAAUUUUGAAAAUAGUUAUCCCCCGUCCAAUUUUCAAUCAUUUCUUUAUUAUUUUCUCCUGUUCUUCACACGUUUUUUGCACAAAAAGGAACGGGAAACAAAAUGGUCGACGGAUGUGCUGAGAAAUUCGAGCAAAUGAGUUCAUGGAUUGUGCUGAUUUCAAUUGUUCCAAUAACAUUCAGCUUUAUAACUGUCAUUCUUUUGUGCUCAUCUCUUCUAAAAGUGAAGAAAAUGCGUGGAAUUUGUGAUGGAAUCCAUUCGAAUGCUCAUUGGUUGUCUAGAACUGCUGUUCGUGUUGGAAUUGGAGCAACUGCCCGUGUUACAAUCAAUGAAUAUGCAUCGACGAAGCCUGAGCUCAAGAGAUUGCUUAAAUAGAUUACCUUGUUUUGAAUGGAAUAAAUUAUUGGGGAUUUU